ACAGGUGGAAGAAUAUGUUGUUUCUCUCCGUGUGUAGAACAGGUGCAGAAGACCUGUGCGGCGCUCUAUGACAACCACUUCUUUGAUAUCGAAACUUAUGAAUGCGUUCUCAGACCCUAUGAAGUGAAGACUCAAUCCAUGCCUUUGUAUCCGUUCUCAUCGAAGACCAACUAUAGCCAACAAAAUGCUGUAAUAAGUGAAUCAAUUGAUAAGAAAUCGGAUGAAAGUGUAGCUAAAAAAGUGAAAACCGAAAGCAUUUUAAACGAUAAGAGCGAUACCGUUAUGGAGAAGAUAAGCACUGAUCACGUAUUGACGUAUUUGCCAAACCAGGGCACGGGUCACACCGGCUUUCUUACGGUUGCCGUCAAAUAUGAUUAAAUGACACAUUCAUUGGAUUUUGAAUU